ACUGUGUCACGGUGGGCACAGGGUGAGGGACACCCUGGACGGGGUGCCAACCCAUCGCAGGGCACAAUCGCACACCCAUUCACACACUACUGACAAUUUGGAAAUUCCAAUCAGCCUACAACGCAUGUCUUUGAAAGAGAGAGAGAGAGAGAGAGAUUUUAAUUAUAUUCUGCUGAAAUGAACGAAAUGACUUGAAAAAAGAUUCAAUGAUCCGAACUUCCCAUCAAUAAUUAUCCUGUGCUGGAAGAGCACAUGUUUAUUUGUAAGUAUUGCACGCGCCUCACUCCAGGCCAGUAGGUGGCGGAGUUGCGCCGAAUAGCGCGGUUCCCAACCGACAUUAAAAUAAAAAUAAACUACUGCAAGUGAACGGCGAGGGCUCAGAAAAUCCAAGCGUCCAAUUCUUCCAAAUUGUAUCUCGUUGUGAUGUGAACGGCUCAGGAACUGCUUGUUAUUAAACACUAUUCCCAGUUCAGCAGAGCCUGAACGGCACCCAAACAGCAUCUAUUUAUGUAGAUGCCCAAAAUAUCAGCAGUGGAAAAUGUGUGGAAUAAACACAGCAGACCUCAGUGUGAGCCCUUAACUUCUGCUCUAUGGUUAAAGAAAUAAUUGGUCUUCAUGGUAUGAAAGCUGUUGAUCUGUCCAGUUGAUCAGUUCUGAUCCUCUGCUCAACCAUGUUGAUUUGACGUCACUCCAUAAACAGGGAAAGAGCUCAGAUUUCAGAAGGAUGCCCGUGAGAAGUUGACUUCUCAGUUGCGCUGGCAUUUCACAUCAUGAAAAACAUGUCACUAUUUAAUUUGUCAAGAAAAAAAGGGUUCACUAAGCUCAUAAAAAAUCGUAACUGCCAUCUACAGCAAGUAGUGCAAACAAUGGGUCUUUUAAAUAAAGAAUAUUUAAAGCACACCUAUUAUGCUUUUUCAGAUAUUACCUUUCAUGUAGUGUUGUAUAGCUGUUUGUGAAUGUAAAAAUAUGUCUGCAAAGUUUCAAAAAUCAAAAUGCAUGACAAAUUGAGUUAUUGAUUCCCAAAAGAAACCCGAUUUUGAGCAGCUGAAACGAGUCUUCUGUAAUUCCAGACUUACUUCCUGUACAAACCUAUGUAGGUUUGUAACCAAAAACCCCGCCUCUGGUCUUCAUUGGCUUUUAGCGAACGUGUACUUUGACCCACUCUCAAACACUACACUACAGUAGUUGCGUCCUGAAAGAGCUAGGUUCAUGUCUAGAAGACGUUGGUUUCUGCGCUGCAGAAGUAAAAGCACUUUGCAUGGACUCUCAGAGGAUGAGGACGUAAAGCGUCAGUGGUUAGAGUUAAUCUUUAAAACUUCACAGCAGUUCAGCUCCGACCUUCGUUUGUGUUCCCGUCAUUUCACUGAUGACUGCUUCUCACAUCUAGCUGAAGUCAAUGAGGGAUUUACGAAACGAUUAUUCCUUAAAGACGGGGCUGUACCCACUUUAUUUGGACCAUCUUGCGCCUCUGGAUCACAACCUAUAAUUCUGUUUGAAAUCUAGCAAGUGACUCCAUCAUGGAGGAGAUUGUGAGCCCUGAGCUAGCUCAAAGUCCUGAGCCUGAGUCCAGCCAGGAUUUGGAUUCCAGUUCACAAGCUCCAGUUGUCGUGGCAGGGGAGGAAAAAGACAGUAAGGAUGACAAAGGCCAAAGUGAUGCCGCUCGCAAAGAACUAGAGGACAUAGAGAAAUCAGCCAAGAACUCCGGCGAGUUUAAGAAGACUUGGCGCUUCCGCAGGACCACUAUUGAAAAAAGAGACAUGACUGGAGAGACGGCAGGUAUAACAGAGAGUCCUGGAGCACCGGUGCGAAGAAGCGGCAGGCAGGCCAAGCGCACUGAUAAGCUUGAGGAGUUCCUGGUGACAGUCAAGCGAGGGAGAGGAACAGGGAGACGUAGCGCACCUGCUCACCUGGAAAGUGGAGAUCCAACGUCUGAGACCGCAUCAGAGGCCAGCUUUGAUGGAAACACCGAGCCUAAAGUGACUGAAAGCAAAGCGCCAUCCCCAGUGAGGAGGACCAGAGGGAGGGGCAGGGGAAGGGCGACCCCCAAGCCCAAAGCGGACAUGGCUGACUCGGCCAGUGACGACGAUAGUUCAGAAAACGAAGAGAGCGCCACGAAAGAGACACAAGAGCAGCUUGAGAUCGCGACUGGUGCAGAGGAUGCCAAGUCGGAGGAGGCGAAAGAAGAACUGAAACAAGAAGAAUUGGAGAAACCAGCUGAAGAGACAAGCAAGGAGGCAGUGCCUGCCAACACAAGGCCUUCAAGAAGCCCUUUGAAAGCAGGCCCCAAAAGAGAAGCUAAGCCUAAAGCAGGGGGAUGCACAGAGAAGGAUGAGGAUGAAGAGGAGGAUGAUGAGUCGUUGUCAUCAUCCAGCGAGUCUGAUAAUGACGGUUAUGAUCCAAAUGCACUUUACUGCAUCUGCAGACAGAAACACAACAAAAGGUUCAUGAUCUGCUGUGACCGCUGUGAGGAGUGGUUCCACGGAGACUGUGUGGGCAUUACGGAGGCACGCGGCCGCCUAAUGGAGCGCAACAGUGAGGACUACGUGUGCCCCAACUGCACCUGCAGGAAAGCCCAGGGCGCCAAGCCUUCCACAUCUACAGCAGGUGCUGAAACUGGCAAACGGCCUGUUACUCCCACUACUGCUCGCAAGUCAGAGCUCAGUCCAGCUCUUUUUAGCCAAGCCAAUGUACAGACACCUACAACUGCUAGCGGUCUGCCUCCUGCUGCUUUUCCUGCUACUGCAGAAGAGAAGACCGGGGAAGAAUUCGGCAUCAAGGGCAGGAUUGAGAAAGCUACUAACCCAAGCGGCAAAAAGAAAAUAAAGAUUUUCCAGCCGCAGGUGAUGGCGACUGCAGAGGAAUCCUCUCUCCCUAAAUGCAUUGGUCCUGGCUGUGAGAGGGACGCUCUGCCCGACUCGGUCUACUGUGGUAAUGACUGCAUCCUGAAGCAUGCUGCUGCUGCCAUGAAGACCAUCACUACUGACAGCAAGGAGACUAAACCCAAGGAGAAGCCCAAGCCGAAAAUCCUGAAAAAGCCUGCAGUCAUAUCUACAGUCAAGAGUUCGGGUCCCGAGCGAAGGAGCAGCAGGAGGUCCACCGACUCGUCCAGCAAAGCUCAAGAGGAGUCCUUGGAGUCAGAAGGCCGCGAAGAUGAAGAUGAGGAGGACGAAGAAGACAGAGUUGCAGAGGAGCAUCCACCACCCCCAGCCAUGUCGUCCUGGUCCAGCGACCAUAAUUACAUUGCAGUAGCGCCAGAAAAGACUACAGCAAUAUCACCAACUGUGUUAAACAAAGCGUCAGCUGCUCAGAAGGAUGAAGAGGAAAAAACAGAAGAAACUGAACCAGAAAAGAAAGAGCCAGCUCCUAUCGAGAAGAAACCUCCUCCUGCAGCAACUAUGUCUCCUAAAGGAGGCAAAAGGUCCCCAGGCCCGAAGAUGGCCAAGCCUGGUCCAGUCUCAACGUCCAAAGGCAAAACAAGCACUACGUCCUCAAGCAGUGCCAAAGACUUGAAAAAACAGUCUCUAUCCCAAGUGGUCAAAUUGAAAAAAACAGGACCACCACCUCCUCCUCCCAUUCCAGUCUUCUCUUCUUCUGGUCCUCCUGGAUCAUCACGGCUCCAUCCCACUGGAGCUCUGAGUGUUGGCAAGAGCACCUUUACCAUCCCCAAAAAGCAGCCACAGUCUGGGGUGAAAGAAUCUGUUAGUUCUGGUUCCUCUCUGGCCUCCAGGAUGCCUUCUGGAUCCAUGCCCACUAACUCCCAGAGCCAGCCACAGGCGUCCAAGCCAGUGCUACCAGCAGCACCUCUCCCUCCACAAGCACCUCCAAACAACCAGAUGAGGUCCAACAUUCGUCGUUCGCUCACUGACAUUCUGUACAAAAGGGUGAGCGACAGUGAUGAUCUUUCCAUGUCUGAGAGCGAGGUGGGCAAGCUGGCUGUUAGCAUUGAGAAAGAAAUGUUCAAUCUGUACAUGAACACAGACAGCAAAUACAAGAACAAGUACAGAUCUCUAAUGUUCAAUCUAAAGGAUCCUAAAAAUAAGGGCUUGUUUUAUCGUGUGAUUGGUGGAGAGGUCAGCCCGUUUCGGUUAGUGAGGCUCAGCCCUGAAGAAUUGCUCUCUAAAGAGAUUUCUGAUUGGAGGAAACCUGGUCACUCUGAGAUUCUGGAUGCUAGUGGAAGGACCCAUCCAGGGCAGUCAAAAGCUGGAUCCAAACAGGACGCAGCUCCCCCUGAUGUUGACAUGGAAGAAGCUCCUUCCAUGUCUGAUGGAGAUGUAUGUAUCUCUGCUACUUCCCAAUCUCCUCGCUUGGCUUCUGGGGCAGAUCAUCAGGAGUCCCACCCAUCUGCCACACCUCAGAGUUCUGCUUCAGCAGGAAAAAGCAGUGCUGUCCCAGACAUCUUGAGCAACAUGCUGAAAGACACCACGGCAGAACACAGGGCUCACCUGUUUGACCUUAACUGCAAGAUCUGCACAGGUCAGAAGUCAGCUGAUGAUGAGCCAGCAGCUAAAAAGCCCAAAAUGUUGGCUCCUAAAAGACAAGACCCUCCCGAAAAACCCAAAACAGAGCAGCGAGCCUCCAAGUUGCCGACAGACCAACCUAACGUCUCUUAUGCUGCCAGUGACGUGUCUAUGCCUCAUCAGCCAAGUAGCACAGACGACCAGAGCAGCAUAGUGCCUGUUGUACAAGCCCCUAUGGUCACGCCGGCAGUUUCUUCUGUCACUAUAAGCCGCCGUGACCCUCGUACUGCCAGCCACCGCUCCUCUGCACCUCUCACUCAGACAGAACCUGAUGUCAGUAUGCCUGUUGGUACACCAGUCAGUGUGCCUGUUGCCACCCCUACACCCUCUGAAGCUCCUGUGGUGGACGUGAAGGGGCCGUUGCCUAUGCCACCUCCAGCUCCGGUAUCUCUGCCUAAACCUGUGAUGCCAAAACAAGUCACUUCAACAGAAUCACGGAACUACGGGGCCAGCGCAUCCAGCAUGACUGAGCCGCCUCCUGAAGGCGAAACAGCUCUGUUCCUGUCAGGACAGGAGAUUAUGUGGAAAGGAUUUGUCAACAUGCACUCUGUUGCCAAGUUCGUCACAAAGGCCUACCUGGUCUCGGGAUCCUUUGAGCAUCUCAAGGAGGACUUACCUGAUACCAUUCACAUUGGUGGCAGAAUAUCACCACACACAGUUUGGGACUAUGUUGGUAAACUGAAGACUUCACUGUCGAAAGAGCUUUGUCUUAUUCGUUUCCAUCCAGCAACAGAAGAGGAGGAAGUUGCGUACGUGUCCCUGUUUUCUUAUUUCAGCAGCCGCAAGCGGUUUGGCGUAGUGGCCAACAGCAACAAACGCAUCAAAGACCUUUACCUCAUUCCACUGAGCUCCAAGGACCCUCUGCCUGCUAAACUCUUACCUUUCGAUGGACCAGGUCUUGAGCCAGCUCGUCCGAAUCUCUUGCUUGGGCUGUUAAUUUGUCAGAAAGACAAGAAACGUGCUGGAGCCCCUCUGGAAAGUGAGGAAAAACGUUCUAAAACCCAGAGAGAUGAGGAGACUGGCCUCCCGAAACCAAUCGUUGUUAGCAAAACUGACAAAGCCAUGCGGAUCAAUCAGGAGCCUAUAAGCACAACUCCUCCUGGAACUCCGCCCCCUCUCAGCAGUUCAGAGUCAUCAGUUGGUCCGUUUACAUCGUCAGUGUUUUCCAUCUUGUCCUCCAUCAAGGCACCUGGUGUCUCCACAAGUGCAGGCAGUAAUUCCCCAUCAAUUACGGCCACCCCAGCUGUUCUUGCCACAUCUGCCACUCCACUUCAAACCAUCCUGAAGACUUUGUUUGGUAAGAAGAAGGAUUCUGAUGCUUCUCAGUCCCCUUCAGAUCGAAGUUCAACAGAUGUUUCUGUUCCUCUUCUGGAUCCGAUAGUUGAGCAAUUUGGCAUUACAAAAAGUAAACAAGUAGAUGAACAAGAGGAUGAUCGACCAUAUGACCCUGAAGAAGAAUAUGAUCCCACUGUUUCAUAUGGUAAAGAAAAGCUUAAGGAUCCUGUGGUCUCUAAAAGCAUCACGCAACCCGAGGUCAGAACUGGUAUGGUAGAUGAUGUUGCAUAUGACCCUGAAGAUGACUCUAUUUUUGAUGAGGUUAAAGGUGAUCCAGGUUCCAGGAAGCAACUAGAGGAACAGGACCAGCAAAUACCUGAUGCUAAAUCUCUCUUAGCCAACAGUCAGUUGCUUCAACUUGGUAAAAAGGUGGAGCAAUUGGUUGCAAAAAGCACAACUACCGUCCCAGUUAUAAAUCAGAGAAGGGAUCCUAGGCAGAGUAGGGAUCCUAGGCAGGUAGCUGCCAGUCAGAGGCUAAACUCGGAUGACUCUGUAGAGAAGGAAGAGGCUCCUGCUGUUACGUCUACUAUUACUACUACUUUAAGUAACACUGAUGCUACAGCUGCUCCUACUACAAUAACAGACAAUCCACCCGUUGACAUUGCUGCAAUACUAGACACAUUAACGUCACAACAGCCUAAAGUCAUAGACACUCCAUUACCGGAUUCCUUAAAUGUAGAACCAACAGAAUCUUGUGCAACCACAGAUGCGCCACCAUCACAAGAUGACACGAACGUUGACAGUCAGCUGUUGCAUCCAACUGAUCCUGAGUUAGAGUCAUCAAAUUCUGAAGAGGAAACAAAGAGUGAAGAGGUGCCUUUCCUAGAUGCAGAUAGCACAGAAAUUCCACUUUUAGGGGAAAAAAUAGACCCUGAUCUAGUAGAAAGUUACCUGGACACAGAGCCUAAAGAAAGUCCCAAAGAAAAUGAUGAUCUGUUUGAAUCAGAAAACAAGAGUUUUGAGGAAAUUUGGCCUAAUUCUGCCACCAUUUUAAAAAAAGAGCCAAUCUCUUCUGUUGGAGAGUCUACAGAAUCUUCUACAACGACAUAUUACAACAUCACAACAAUUAGUACACCAAUAACUUCUAUGGGGAGGCCACAAGAUGUGACACAAGUUAGUUCAUCUUAUAUAGAUUCACAUAGCUCUCAUAUGCCACACAUGACUGGACCAAACUCUCAAACAGAUUAUCGAGGCCCCUCAGACAUUCCACCUCCAAUGUCUUUCCCUCUGCCGGUUGGGCCUCCACCUGCUCUUGGUCCACCACCAAUGACUGUUCCACCCCCCAUCAUUAUUCCACCUCCAAUGUCGGGGCCACCUCCCAUUUCAGGACCACCUCCAAUGCAGAUGCCCCCACCAAUACAAGGCCCACCUCAUGGGGAAAAUGACCUGUCACAAUAUCCACCACCUGGCCCAUAUACACCUUACCAGAAUCAGUGGGGAAACAGUCCACAGUUUGAUGCUUCAAGAGGACCACUUCCUCCAAUGGUUACACCCAGAGGACCCCCACCUUCAGUCCCACCAAUGGGUCAAAGAGGACCUCCACCUCAAAUAUUUAAUAAUAACAUGCCCCCACAUCAUAUAGGACCUCGAGGCCCACCUCCUGGUCCUCUGCCACCUGGCCCACUACCCCCUCCUUUUGAUGGGCAAAGAUUCAAUGGGCCUCCUCCACCUUUCAACUUUCCUGGACCCAGAGGCCCACUACCACCAUUUGCAGGCCCUCCCCCUGGUCAUUUUGACAGCAGGGCACCACCACCAUCCCACUUCCCUGGGCCAAGAGGUCCACAUCCCCCUCACAACAUUGGGGAACCUGGUCCACUGACUAACAUCCCAAGAAUCCCUGCUGACAGUGAUGGUGGAAGUUCUUAUCAGUCAGGGAUUGAGCAACCCCAGGUACAAACAGCCUCACACAAUUACAGAGACAAUCAGGGACCCUCACAUGGACCUCCCUUUAGGGGACCUCCACCAAACCACUUUGAUGGACGAAGAGGCCCACCUGGUUCUGCAGGAGAUAUUCCAGGGCACCGAUUUCCUCAUCCAACCCAAUUUCGUGGUUCACCUCAGGAUAGAGUACCCUUUGAAGAACCGAGAGGAGGGUCAUCCCAAGAUUUGGAAAGACACAGGGGUCCUGGCCCUCAGCAUUUCGGAGGGCCAAGAGCUCCACUGCCAGGACACUAUUCUGAUAAUGAUUCUGGAGGUCAGACAGCACGUUACCAGCUCAAUGACCAUUUAAAUGACAUAAGACCUGUAAGGGGGCCUCUGUUGCCUACUCCUUCUGAAGGUCCCAUCCCAGUACCAGGCCGCAUGGGCGGGCAUAGCCCAGAGUCCCAUCGUGAGGACCACUGGAGAAGACACUCCCCUGAAAUGAGAAGACGCAGCAGCUCAACUAGAGAUGGUGCUGAACCUCAGGAAAGAACAAGCCGGUUUGAUAGUGGCCCCCGUGACCGAGACGGCCCUUCAAGGUUGUCUGAAGAAAGGCAGCGAGAUGUGUCUGAGGACAGGAGGAGAGACCGAGAACGGGAUGGGCUGCAUGGAGGCCGAUCAUGGGGCUGGACCAGAGACCGUGAAUGGGAUCGUGGUAGGGAGAGAGACCGUGAUAGAGAAAGGGAGAGAGAUCGGGAGAGAGACCACAGCAGAGAUAGGGAGAGAGACCACAGCAGAGAUAGAGACAGGGAUCGGGAUCGCAGCAGGGAAAGGGACAGAGAGAGAGAGCGUAGCAGAGAGAGAGACCGUAGUAGAGGUAGAGACACUGACCGGCACAGAGAAGGCGAUGGGGACAAGAGGAGGGAUCGGGAACGGGAUAGAGAUCGUGGCAGGGAGAGAGAAUCUGACAGGAAAGACCAUGAACGAGAACGAGAAAGAGGAAAGAACAGAGAAAGGGAUAGAGACCGUGACCGGGAUAGAGACCGUGACCGAGAUAGAGACAGUAGAGACAAAAGACGAGAACGCUCAAGGAGCCGUGAACGGGACCGUGCAAGAGAUAGACGAGAUCGGGACAGAGAGCGAGAUCGAGAGAGGGAGAAGGACAGGGAGAAGGACAGGGAGAAGGACAAGGACAGGGAGAAGGACCGGGACAGGGAGAAGGACCGGGACAGGGAGAAGGACAGGGAGAAGGACCGGGACAGGGAGAAGGACCGGGACAAGGACAGAGACAAGAGACAGAGGAGCAGAAGCAAAGACAGGAAGGAGGAGAAAAAAGACAGACCUGAGACCUCAAGAGACACUGAGAAGUCUACUGAUAAUGAAGUCAUGUCCUGAUUGCCCCCACCUCCACAGUGGUCAUGGCAUCCUUCAUAUUUGACGAGCUUUGGUACUUGGAAUUCUUUUCUAAAUGGAUUUGCAUGUAUGUGAAACUAUUAUCCAUGGGUAAUUUAAAGUCCAUUUUGAACAUUUUUCGCAGCUUCCAUGACAUUUUGUGCUUUUGGUUACAUUCAAGGACACUGAGCUUGUGAAAUUCAUUUAAAGAUCUUAUUAGAGGGAUAAUGUCAUACCAUGCUACCCAUCAUCUGGUAAAAUAUAUUUUAAAAGUACAUAAAAAAAGACAUGUAAAUUUGUACUUGUGUAUAUACAUGUAUGUUUUUAACUGUUUUUUCUAGUAGAUAAGUGAAGCCAUAUAGCUUAAAAGAAAUUAAUGUAAGAGGGAUAAACUGUGGCCUUGAUGAACAAGGUCUUUGUAUGGUAAAACUUGUUUAGCACUCAAUAGAUAUGCCUGCAGGCUAUCGUCAGUCAGAUGUUCUGUAAGCUUUAUCAGGUUUUGUUUAUUAAACCCCUCUUUGUAUGAGA